CCGAUAAAGGCACGAGGACAGUUCCCGCGCCCUCGCCAACCGUGUGACACUGCAGCGGACUGAGCCCCGUGCGGUCUGACUUGUCCCAACUACCGGCCCGAGUGUUACCGUGUGUGGCGCGCUCUCCUCCAGCUUCCUCCACAUCUCUUCCUUUGCUUCACUGCUCCUCGGCCACCCCGUCCCACGAUGGAGGGUGAUUUGAAUAUGAAUGCCCACAGCGCCUCCGUGGUAGCAGCAGCAGCAGCAGCGGUCGCUCUGCCGGAUGCGCCGAGCAUCGCCGUGGGUCUGCAGGGCGCCGUUCUGCCGUCGACUGACGUGUGCGGGGCAGAAUCAAUGCAAAUUUCGGGUGACGCAAGCGACAUGGGGAAGGGGGGAGUGGGGCAGACGAGCGUCUUAACGCAACAACAGCAGCAACAGCAACAACAACAGCAGCAGCAGCAGCAACAACAACAGAUGUGCUCAGCAUGCAAAAAGACCAUCCGAGAGAGGUACCUGCUGAAGGCCCUCGACCAGUUCUGGCACGAGGACUGUCUGAAAUGUUCCUGUUGCGACUGCCGACUGGGAGAGGUUGGCUCCACCCUCUUCGCUAAGGCCAACCUGCUCCUGUGUCGACGUGACUACCUCAGGUUGUUUGGCACCACCGGCUACUGUGCGGCCUGCAACAAAAUGAUUCCCGCCUUUGAGAUGGUCAUGAGAGCCAAGGGCAACGUGUAUCACCUGGAGUGUUUCGCCUGCCAGCAGUGCAAUCACAGAUUCUGCGUCGGGGAUCGAUUCUCUUGCGACAACAAAAUCCUGUGCGAGUUUGACUACGAAGAGCGGAUGAUGUUCGCCAACAUGGCGGGAGGGUUCAGCUACACCAGCCCCGGCUACAACGCCUUGUCGCAGAUGAAGCGGCAGACGCAGAGCCUGAGCGAUGACGUGUCCAGCGGUUACGGCAGCCCCAGCCCCAGCUCGCUAUGACGUCAGAAGCAGCCUCAACUGUGAGUUCUGUGCGGCGCCUGAACUCCAUUGGUCGCCUCGGGCAGUGACGUCACAGCUGACGCCCGACUCAUGGGGUCACUGGCGGGAGAGGUUGCAGAUGAUUGUUGCUGUUGACACUUUUCUCGCACAGUCGGUUGGCUUCAGUCACGGUUCGUUUCGGCUUCAGAGCCAGCCAUCACGUGUUGCAAUGCUGGCAACUGCUCAGGGUCAGAGUAUGCCAUGACCUUUGCACGGUUGGUGACUGUUCCAGACAACAGGUGACCUUGGUCUCCACGGUUAUCGCCUGCUUGGCACCCAAGUACCCAGCGCUGUAUGCUGUGAAAGAUCGGUUUCCUAGGAAACUAACAGUCGUGAAGGUUCGUCGUCCGUUGACCAAACGAAGACAUCGCCAUGUUCUCCUGACUGUUCGAGUCUUGCCGUGGGAGUAAGUCGUGUCUGCCACUGAUUGGCUACAAUUACACAAGUGAAUGACAUUUUUUUCCAUGGACGUCUUGCACACAUUAAUUCCCUCGGUUUUGGCUCGAUGAAGCUGCAAGGCGUCUGGUCAAUGUCGGAAAGUAGAAAACAUGGAAUCAUGUUUAUCUGAAGACUUUAACCUCGGUUUCAGACCGCUGAGUGUGUGUGCGCACGCGCGUGCGUGCGUGUGUGUGAGAGAGAGAGAGUGAGGAAGGGGGAGAGAGAUGAAUAGGGAUAGGGAAAUAGCCUGGCUUGAAUGAAGAACCUAUUGCAUUAGCGGGACUUCAUUCUUGCCAAGGAAGUGCUGGCCCGAGAGUUGUCCGAGUUGAUCAGAAACGUGACUAGCGCACAGCUUUCUCGCGGCAAUCACAGAUGUCAUUUCAGAGGACCAGUUUCGCAGCUUCUCACGCCAUGAACAGUUGUUCACCAGACAGAGUGAGUUUGAGUGAACGAGAGAAAAAGUCUGUGUGUGUGUGAAGGCUUGUCUAUGUAUUUAUUGCUCCAAAGAAAAUGUCUUGGGUUCUGUAAUGUCUCAAUCAUUCAGUGGAAUAAGACUUGGACUGCAGAUUAAAAAACAUUUGCUUAUGUAUAAAUUCAUGCUGUCACGGGAAGUGCCAGAUUUCUGAUUUGUCUUGGCGGGUACAUGUGAAUAUUGAAUGCUGGCUGGCUAGUGUCAUUUUAAUCCCCUCUUAGCUUUUUCAUGUUUUUCCUUGCUCCCCAAAUAGUUGGUGAUUUGAAACCGAACUGCUAUUCUUGUACCCCAUCCCCUUUCAAAUUUGUCUCCCCGUCUGUCUACACCUCACCUGUCUACACAUGGAUGAACGGAAGGUCAAUUUUUAAAUAUUUUUCUCUCUCUCUCUUAUUUUAUUAGCAAGUCCAACAGAAGUCACAAAAUUUCAGUCUGUUUCAUUUACGACGAUUUUUGCCUCCUCUGAGUCACCAUGUACGACUGUUUUGUUUUUAAACUCUGGCUGCUGUGAAAAACAUCAACCACAGCUGAAAAGAUUUUUUUUCUGUCUCAUAAAAUGCUUUCUUCUUAGAACAGCAAUUCCCAUUUCUCACUUCAUCCUAGUCUGGAAUUAUUUUAGAUCAUGCGCAUUUACUUCACUUCCUCCCUUCCCCACCAGAAAUUUUUUUUUAAAAAUCUGAGCACAGUUUUUAAAUAGUAUUUAUUUUGGGUGGUUCGCUAGUUUUGGUAAUGUAGCCGCACAAAGAUUUGGACGAUUAAGGUUCAAACAUUAGCAUAGUAGUAGUUUGAAUUGCGGUUGACUUCCUUUCUCCUACUUGCUGUUUUCAUUUUUUUUUCUUAUUCCAAGAGGCGGAAGUUGUAACAGGAACGUAGAUAUGUUCACAUGGUCACCAUGUAUCGUGUGGAACUCCAUGCCUACAACACCUACGAUUAGUAUUAAACACUAUACACGAGUAUGGGGCUAGUAUGGGACACGUGACCAUGGCACUAUUGACCCUUGCAGAAAUUUCACGCUUGUGGCUCGUAUAGGGCACCAUACAUACGAGCUGUGCAUACAGUACUCUCCGUCCCCUCCCUCUCUCUCUCUCCUACCCUUAGACCCGCCAUUCCUCCUAAAAGAAUGAUAGAGAUUAAGCAGAUUAAAACUUUUGCUUUGGAAAUCCCGGGCGUCGUGGUGUCUUGGUAUGUGGAGGUUGGACGAUGGGUGCCUGAGGUCUGCUCACAUACCCGGGAGGUGGGGAGAGAGUGGUACACCAGUGACACUCAUCACCGCCUGCAGACAUCAAGAAACACGCUGACGUGUGAGAAACAAACAAAAUGUUUUUUGUAGUCAGCCAGACGCCAGUGGCAGCCAUGUUUUGCCCUGUGUUCCAUGACCUUUGUGUGCUGCCCCUACCAGUGCUCUCAGUUUGUGAAUUAUUGUCAUCAACACUGACAGUGUGUUCGUUUCUAUGAUCUUGUCAAAUAUGUGCAGUAUUACAAUAAUUCUUGUGGUAGUAUUCAGAUAUCACAAACUAUUUAAAGUCAUUGUCUGUGGAAAGUUCAGACAGAGAGAGAGAGAACAAUGAAAGAAUUUAAGUUUUUAAGAUGAAUGAGAAAGGAAGUGUGGAUGUGUUGGCUCGCAUGUUUGUGGAUGGACUGAGACUUUAAGGUUUGUUCAAAUUUUGUACAUAUACAUCGUGAUCUGAAAGAGUUGGGUAGUUCCGAAAUUAUUGGUGUACAAUUAUGAUUCACUUAUACGUUAUAUGUCUUUCAUCAGCUGUCUUGUUUGAGUGUAAGCACUUGAAAUUUUAUCCUGGAAUUGAAACAAAAGUAAUUUGACUUGAAAGCAAAAUUUUGACACGAUGGUGUGGUGGUACGGGAGGAGAAAAAAAAUCAUCUCCUCCUUUUUUCUUUCAUUUUUUGUAAAGAAGUUUCCUGGGAAUCUAUAAUAAAACAAAUUUGUGUAGGCUGCACCUUUCAGACGUUAGGAGAUAUCGCAAACACAAAACCCGUUAUUUGUGGUGACAUGUUAGGGUCACGUGGUUCAGAGAGGGCAUCUGCCUGGAAUAAUUAUUAGGCAGAAUUAUCGUUCCUUCUUGAUACUUUCUUUCGAGUUUUCUCUUUUUCUGUGUCCCGUCGUUUGAUUCUCCCGGGUCUCGCUCAUGAUGCCUCUGGCUAUUUGUGUAGAUGAUUUCAACUGUAAUUUAAUCUGCGACACAUUUUCAGUUCCACCCUCGUUCCAGUUCCAGCCGCUAGGUGUCCGAAGCUUGCGUGUAGCUUGGGUGUGUACAGGCUUUGCGAGCUGGCGCCGGGUGGUUUGCACAGCGAAGCUUCACCGAGGAGCUGGUCAAUCAAAAACUGGCUUUGGAGAACUUUUACACGACUGCGGCUGCGCAGAAGCGUGUUCCGCGCGGCGCAUGCGCGGUAGCCUGCAAGUGGUGUCUGUGCAGUCACGCGCAGACACAGUCACGUGCACACGAGAUCUCGAGCAAAGACAAACAAUCGUCCAGACGUGUUGUAGUUGGACUGACAUCAACUUCUGUUUAAUUUUUUUUUAAUAUACAUUUAAAAGUGAUUUUAAAAUAAAGUAUUGAUUACUCA